AUGCUGCUAGGUUACUGGGAUAUUCGCGGGCUGGCGCACGCCAUCCGCAUGCUUCUGGAAUUUACGGAUACAUCCUAUGAGGAGAAACGGUACACCUGCGGGGAAGCUCCUGACUAUGAUAGAAGCCAAUGGCUGGAUGUGAAAUUCAAGCUAGACCUGGACUUUCCUAACCUGCCUUACCUCCUGGAUGGAAAGAACAAGCUCACCCAGAGCAAUGCCAUCUUGCGCUAUAUUGCUCGCAAGCAUAAUAUGUGUGGCGAGACAGAAGAAGAAAAGAUUCGAGUGGACAUAAUAGAGAACCAAGUAAUGGAUUUCCGCAUGCAACUUGCACGGGUCAACUAUAGCCCUGAUCACGAAAAGUUGAAACCUGAAUACUUAGAACAGCUGCCUGGACAACUGAAACAAUUCUCUCUAUUCCUGGGGAAAUUCUCCUGGUUUGCAGGGGAAAAGCUCACCUUUGUGGACUUUCUCACCUAUGAUGUGUUAGACCAGAACCGCAUGUUUGAGCCCAAGUGCCUGGAUGAGUUCCCAAAUCUGAAGGCUUUCAUGUCCCGUUUUGAGGUGAGGCUCCCUGAAUCUUUCUCUUACAAAAAUACUCACAGACUCCCCAGGGCUUUGGAGAAAAUAGCUGCGUACAUGCAGUCUGACCGUUUCUUCAAGAUGCCCAUCAACAACAAGAUGGCCCAGUGGGGCAACAAGAGGAUAUGCUGA